GAAGGCGAAGAAGAUGAAGAAGGAAAAAAAGAAACAGGCGCAGGCGCAGGACCAGCGCUAUACUUCAUUCACCAAAAUGGCGACAUUGACAGUGAGUCGACCACCGUUCGGGGGCUUUAGUUUCGAAAACUCUAAAAGAAAUGCUGCUUUGGAAGGUGCAGUGAACAAAGUGGGAUGCAGUUUACCUACUGCUCGAAAAACAGGAACUACCAUCUGUGGUGUUGUCUUCAAGGAUGGUGUUAUCUUGGGGGCUGACACUAGAGCCACUGAAGGCAUGGUAGUGGCAGACAAGAACUGCUCAAAGAUCCAUUACAUCUCCUCAAACAUUUAUUGUUGUGGAGCAGGAACAGCUGCCGAUACAGAGAUGACCACUCAGAUAAUCUCCUCGAACCUGGAGCUUCAUUCCCUUUCUACUGGCAGAGUGCCACGUGUGGCCACUGCUAACCGCAUGCUCAAACAAAUGCUCUUCAGAUAUCAGGGGUACAUUGGGGCUGCUCUGGUCCUGGGUGGAGUUGACUGUAAUGGUCCCCACAUUUACAGCAUCUACCCUCACGGUUCCACUGACAAGCUGCCCUAUGUCACCAUGGGUUCUGGGUCUCUGGCAGCUAUGGCGGUAUUUGAGGACCGCUACAAGCCUGACAUGGAGGAGGAAGAGGCCAAGCGGUUGGUGCGUGACGCCAUUGCUGCUGGUAUCUUCAAUGACCUUGGCUCUGGAAGCAACAUUGACCUUUGCGUUAUCACCAAGGGAAAAGUAGACUAUAUCCGACCCCAUGAUGAGGCGAACAAGAAGGGUGUCAGAACUGGUGACUACAAGUACAAAAGGGGUACCACUGGUGUGCUGACAAAGGUUGUGACCCCACUGAACCUGGAGCUGGUGGAUGAAUCUGUACAGACUAUGGAUACCUCCUAAAAUACUUAGUUUCUUGAUGUAUUACACUAAUCAGCAGAAUUCUUAACACAAAUGGUAUGCUUUUCCAUGGUUUCCAAUAAAAGUGUUGUAGUUGA